CUGUGGCCGAGUGUUAAACAUGGCUUCGGGAGGCAGGGAUUUUCUUGAAUCUCUCUCGUCAUCCAUCCAGCGCACACAUCUGAUGCAGAUGGACUCGGUACAGCGAUGGGUUGAGGACCUGAGGUUAAUGGCAGAAUGUGAAUGCAUGUACAUACUUCAAUCAAAGCCCAUCGGCGUGGACAAUGAGGGACACAACGAGCUGGUCAUAACAACGCAGCCAGAUUUACCCGACAGCCUGCAGGCGCUGCUGAAGAGGGCAUGGACUAUCACCACAGAACUGUCCAAGAUUUUCUACAAGCUGGAAGUAAACAGGUGGCAAUGCAUCCACAGUGCAGUGGUGAGAGUGAGCUGCCACGUCAGGUCACUGGUAAACGACUGCGAUAGUUGUGACAAUAAUGCUUCAGGAGAGUUACAGCAGUUUGGGAAGAUUUUAAUCGAGAAAUGCACAGAACUGUUUGCAAUCACCGAGAGUUUUACAUACGAUGAAGAUGAAGCCACAUUCGCGUCUGUGAAAGCUGAGAUUGUCGAAACAUUGGCAUCAUUCAGUCAGUCGUUCAGUCAGAUGGUGGAACUUGCGCUCACCCACGAGAUAAAGAGCCUGGUGAAUCAGCUAGAUACAGAAACCAACCUGUACAACAUCGAAGCAGCAAUCAGUAGCCUCGUUGGGCUAACGCAGGAAGGUGUACACUUAUGCCACAUUAUAGCCAAGGAAGGUGGGGUGGCAAUGCUCUUCAAACUGUGCAGACAAGAGGCUCCUUGUUAUUUACAUAUCCUUGCCCUGAGAGCGCUGGCAUCAAUAUGUGUUGUGGAAGAAGGCAUCAGUGAGCUGGAAAAGGUGGAUGGCGUGCUGUGUUUGGCUGACCUGUUGACGGAUGAAUCCCACCCUGAAGCCACGCGGGCAGAAGCUGCAGCAGUGGUCUCACAGAUCACAUCUCCACAUCACGCCUUCACCCAACAUCUCAGCAGCUUCCUGGAAAACAUGGAGGACAUAGUAACCGCACUUAUCAAUUUAUGUAAAGAUGCCUCAUCCAGUGAGGUGUUCCAACUGGCAUCUGCUGCCCUUGCCAACAUCACAUUCUUUGACUCAAUGGCGUGUGAGACUCUGCUACAGUUGAAUGCAACCAAAACCCUUAUCCAAGCCUGCCGUGACCCGCAGCGAGUCGACACGCCCUACGCCAAAGAUCAGGUGGUGACGAUACUGGCAAAUAUGGCUGUAUUAGAUCAAUGCCCAUCCGAGAUGAUACAGGAAAAUGGUGUGGAACUAUUGCUGGAAUUUCUCCAUGAACGUCCCGCACCAGGGAUCUCAACAGAGAGUGCAGCAUUGGAGAGAGUGUUACAAAAGUCUGCCGUCACACUAGCCCGCUUAAGCAGGGAGCCAAAUGUCUGCAGCAUUGCCUCCAGUCUGAACUGUAUUCCCCGCCUGAUUGAACUCUGUCGGUCACCCUCUGAGAGGAAUAAUAAUGAUUCAGUACUAGUCGCUUGCUUGGCUGCAUUACGGAAGCUGGCGCUGGCCAGCCCUCAGUGCAUUGAAGACUCGGACUACCAGCAGUUGGUGAAGCCCCGGCUUGUCGAUUCCUUCUUGCUUUGCUCAAAUAUGGAGGAAAGUUUUGUCUGAAAGCGACUUGGCGAAUCGUGCGAUUAAUGCUGAGGGAACGUCAUAGGGUGUGGAAACAGGCCCUUCGGCCCAACUUGCCCA